CGCCUUCUCCCCCACUGUUCAGUGUAUCACCUGUACACAGGAAGUCGAAUGGAUAGGCGGCUUGGUUUCUGUCUACAAUAGGCUUAAUAUCGACAUUUUUUUAGUUACGCUAAAUAAACACACAUUAGUGUCGGAAUUAAUGAACUUUUCGGUUGUUCUGAUAUCCUUCAGAAUACUUUAUAUAGGGGGAAAAUGACAACCUAUUCGUAAUGACUGGUGUGGAUUUACCUGCGAGACACCUGUCGCUGUUGCCAUCCUAUUGAAGACAAUGGACCGAGGCUGUCGAUAAUCAUUCUCAAGGCUUGUAGAAUUUGACCGAAACUAGACAAAUAAUUAAACAUUUCAAGCACAGUGAAAUCAAAUUUGGAUCAAUUUCCACACGUGACGUUCUUCUGUCAUGGAUUUGUUAGAUUCUGGAACUAAGUUUACCCCGAAAACGCAGGAUGAUGACUGGGAAAAUUCUGUCACAUUCUUGCCAGCCCCAGACACCAAGAAGCUGGAGAAAAAUAGAGGGAGUAAAACACUUUUUGUUGGGAUUGGCCUUGUGGGGUUGGCAGCAGUCAUUGCGCUGACGACAGGCCUGCUGGUUUGGCAUUUUCACUUGCGGAGAGGAGAGGUGCGAUUGACAAAGAUGUACAUUGGCUCUAUGAGUAUCACCAACCAAAGAUUUAUAGAUUCCUACGACAACCCCAACAGCAAUGAGUUCAAACAACUGGCCAUGCAGGUGUCACAGCAGCUGAAGGGGAUCUACUCUAAAUACACAGAUCUGGAUAAAUAUUUAGUGGGAUCCACAGUGCAAGCCUUCAGUGAAGGCAACAGAGGGAGUGAGGACAAUGUAGUGGCCUACUACCUGUCUGAGUUUGAUGUACCGAUCGGUCGGGGGUCUGCAGUGGAUGAAGCUAUUGGCACCAUGGAUCCGAUGGAGGGAAGUCUGAAGGGGAGGAUGGGGAUGGGUCGCCGGCCAACCAGCUCCCUGCUCAUCAACAAUGUGAUGUCUGGAGCUCUGGAUGCACGUAUGACAAAGGCCUUAUUGACUGCCUCCCAAACCUAUUCCUAUCACAUCAGUGAGAAUCACACGGCCACAUUACAGUCACCUGGCUUUCCUGAUUCUCCAUACCCUUCAAACACAUAUGUGUUGUGGAGACUACAUGCUAACCGAGGCUACAGGAUUAAACUGGAGUUUGACACCUUCAACUUGGAGGCUGACUGUCAGAACGACUUCAUCAAGGUGUAUGACUCCCUGGUGCCAUUGGAGCAGCAGGUCAUGGCAGAGAAAUGUGGAUAUUACACUCGCAAUGAGCCUCUGUCGUUCAUUUCCUCUGGAAACGUCAUGCUGCUGACACUGGUAACCAACAAGGAGAAGAACUUCCCUGGCUUCAGAGCCACCUACUCUCAGGUUCCCCUCAAUAGCCAAGAUUGUGGUGGUCAAUUAUCAGGACUUAAUGGCACCUUCACAUCUCCAAACUUUCCCUCCCAUUACCCACCUCUGACCAAGUGUGUCUGGGAUAUUGAGGUCCCAAAAGGGAAGUCUGUCAAGGUGCAGUUCAACAAGCUGUUGAUGUCUGAGCCAGGACAGAACAAUAAUAAUUGUCCUAAGGACUACGUAGAGAUCAACAGUGAAAAGCUAUGUGGCAAUAAGCCCUACAGCACUGUGGUCACCAGCACAGUCAACAAGAUAGUCGUGAUAUUUAACUCUGACAUGUCCUAUGUGGAUUCAGGUUUCACUGCUGAGUUUGAAGCCUUUGUGCCAACUACUCAGUGUGAGCCAGAUCAAAUCAAAUGUAGAAAUGGUCUUUGUAAAGUCAAGUUCUGGCAGUGUGAUGGAGUCAAUGACUGUGGGGACAGCACAGACGAGGAAAACUGUGGGAGUUGUAAAUCAGGUGAGUUUACCUGUCGGAAUGGAAGCUGUAUCUCCGAGAGACUGAAAUGUGAUGGCCGUGCUGACUGUGCUGACGGCUCUGAUGAAUCAAAAUGCGCAAAAUCUCUAGCCCUGCAAUGCUCAGAGUAUACUUACAAGUGUAAGAACAACAUGUGCAUCAGCAAGCUGAACCCAGAGUGCGAUGAAGAAGAGGACUGUGAUGAUGGCUCAGACGAGGCAGACUGUCAGUGUGGUAUACGGCCUUAUAGACACUCCCGUAUUGUGGGUGGGCAGGCCUCCAUUGAAGGGGAGUGGCCCUGGCAGGUUAGCCUUCACAUCCGAGGGUCUAGCCAUGUGUGUGGAGCCUCAGUUAUCAACGACCGCUGGCUCGUCACUGCUGCCCACUGUGUCCAGGAUGACGUCAAAGUCAAAUAUUCUCAACCUCAACAAUGGGAAGCAUACCUUGGACUUCAUGUUCAGAGUCAGACUAACAAGUGGACGCUGAAGAAGAACCUGAAGCAGAUCAUCCAGCACCCUGGCUACCACGCCCAGACCUAUGACAAUGACAUAGCUCUUAUGGAACUGGACAGUCCUGUCACACUCAACCAGAACAUCUGGCCAAUCUGUCUGCCCACGGCCAGGCAUUACUUCCCUGCUGGCAAGCCAGUGUGGAUCACUGGCUGGGGGACCACCAGAGAGGGGGGUUUCGAGGCAUCAAUGUUGCAGAAGGCAGAGGUCCGUAUCAUCAAUGCCACAGUAUGUAACACCCUGAUGGAAGGACAGACCACUUCCAACAUGUUAUGUGCUGGUGUACUGGACGGAGGAGUAGAUGCCUGUCAGGGAGACUCUGGAGGUCCGUUGUCCUCCAUGGAGAACAGUGGACGUUUCUUCUUGGCUGGAGUGGUGAGCUGGGGGGACGGCUGUGCCCGCAGGAACAAGCCUGGCGUCUACACCCAAGUCACCAAAUACAGGGACUGGAUAAAGCAGAAGACCGGAGUGUAGCUGAGAAGACCAGGGUCUAGCUGAGUGGGAAGCCUGGUUGUCAAGCCUGAGCAAUACUUAGCCCUCAGAAGAUUGGUCUUUGUUCAAGUUCUUAAAAUCCCCAGACCUUUGAUUGGUAUGCAUUAAGGUUAUUAUAGUAAACUAAUGCAGAAACUAAAACAAAAAUUAAUCUUGAAAAAACGAUUUAGUAAACUGAAAUAAAAUAAUGAACAAACCUGUUUCAAAAAACUAAAUCUAUACUGAAACGAUUAUCUUUGACUCCAAAACUAACUAAAAUUAAAUAAAAACCAUAAUGAGUUAUGUUCAGUUUUAGUUUUUUUCUAAACUUCUGAUUGGGUUUUCAAUGGGGAUCAAAGGCGGGUGAAGGCUGCAACUGAUACCUUACGAAUGUAUGCACUCAAUACCCUAAGUCGCUCUGGAUAAGAGCAUUUGCUAAAUUACUCAAAUGUAAAUGUAAAAAGUUGUGAAGCGUUAUGGGGGUUUUUCAGCUACUGAAUCGGGUGUGUAAAUGCUUCCAGGAGAUGUUUCAAAUAGGCCUAGUUUGUGCAUCACUAUCCCUAGCUAUCACUAGCUAACAGGGAAAAAAUUGUCUAGGUAGCUAACUUGAUUCCUCUUACAUGUACUACUACGUUUUUUAAAAAGCACUGGAUUGGUGUAAAUAUGGGGUUUCCUUCUACAUGAUUAUUUUUCACCAGUCUCAGCUCUAUUACCUUUAAAUCCAAGUCACAAUGAGAUUGACUUUAUAAUAUAAACCUAUCCUAUGAGCUGACCCAUCAGCUUGUGUAUAACUGCCCGUUGUCAUGUAAAACUCUUACAGGGAACUAUUUCACACUGGGAAUUCUUUUACAUGACACCUUUCAGUGGUAAGAAGUGACAUCCCAAAAACAACACAGAUGCUAUACAACCUAAAUGGCUCAUAGCAAUACUAAAACUGAAACUAAAUCAUGUAAAAACUAAAUAUACACAUUUUUAGCAAAUUCAAACUAAAUAAAAAACUAGCAAAUCAGGUCCGAAAACUAACUUAAAAUAAAAUUAAUUUCAAAUUUAAAAAAAUUAAACGAAUAGAAAUAAAAAAACUAAUUUAAAAACAAAACUAUAAUAACCUUGGUAUGCACACUACAGUAUAUGACUGGGACUCUACAAGACUCAACAAGGAGUUUUCAUUAUUUUACACUUAUGUUGUAAAUGGUGUUUGGUUCUAUCCAAAAGUAUUACUUUAUACAGAAUAUACCAUUCUUACAUACAUAUACAUACACUUACUUAAAAAUAGACUGGACAUUACAUUAGCUGUGUUAUUAUCUUGCUUAAAUAAAUAUUUAGUAAGCAUUGGUUGCAGGUUAAAGAUGGAUUUUUGCACCCAAGUGCAUUAAAAUUGCCUGCUUUUGUGACCUUGUAGGCAUUUUUCCACCCUGGGUUUCAUUAUUUAGAAUUUGCUUUGUUCAUGUGUUAGAAUCCUUAUCCUUACAUUGCCUAGGCAAUUGUUUGUUUUUCCAAAAGUGAUGUGUUAUAUGAAGUUUUGUGGAUUCUUAAAAUCUCAUAUGUCUUUGCAUUUUUAUAUUAUGUUUUGUUAAUGUAGGUGUUUUCUUUUUAGGAUAUGUUUUCAUUUCCUGUUUAUAUUUAUUUUUUAAUUGAUCUUCAGACUGCUGUACCUCAGUAAACCUGACAGCUUGUGUACCUGCAUUUUUUUAAAUAUCUUUCGAAUAUGUAGGGCCCUUUUCUGUCAAAACAGGUGACUGGGUUUCUGAGAUACCAUACGACUAAAAAUGACUGUCCUGGCUACUUAGUUAAUCGUUUGAUUGAACAGGGAAAUGGUAAAGGAAAAUAUUUCACAUAUUCAGAGAGCUAUACUUUACACAUUUUAGAUAUGAAUUAAGGUAUUUUGUGAUUUUAUACUAAACUCAGUUCAUUGAUUUUUAUAUUUUCUUCCCGAGACAUAUUUCAAUUUGUAAACAAUAUGUAAAUGUCAUAGAUCAUAGAGAGCUUUUGGUGUGUAAUAUAUUUCUGGUUUAUAUUAUGUCAAUAUGGUUGGUCGCUUGGUCCUUGUCUAGGUUUAUACAUUAGUUGAAAGUCCAUCUCAUUGCUCCUCGUACACAUUUUAACAAGUGAUGUUAACAUUACUAUGGCAGUGUUUACACAGGCAGCCCAAUUCUGAUCUUUUUUCCCCCAGUAAUUGGUGUUUAGAAAAGAUCUGAUUGCGCAAAAAAGGAAGCAAAUAUCAAAAUGGCCUUUUUUAAAGCAGCCUAUAUACUCUGUUCUAUGUAUCCAUACCAUUCUGGUGCUUACAGUAUAUCAUUAAUUCGUUGUUGUAUGUAAAUUAGAUAUUUUUUUCUUGUGUACAGUUUAGGACAUUUUUAUUGAUCAUUUUAAAACGCGUAUGUUGUGUGAGUGUCAAGCUGGGCUUGUAAUACACAAAGGCCCAGUAACAACACCAAAAAGACUUGUACUCGUGUAUUUGUGGAAUUUCAGGGUCCUGACAACCUGUGCUUUUACUUGAGUUUGUGAUUAUUGUAAUGUACUUUACAGUAAUUUCACCAUUCUCUGAAAAUUUUAGAUUGUGGGAGUGCCAAUGUGCCUUAUUUCAGUGUAAUUCUAUGUAAAGCCUAGUUUCAUAUUAAAUUACAAUACCCUGUAUGAUUGGGGAAAUGAG